AUGCUCUCUCUUCUCUUGAAUCGUCGAACUUCCGUUUUCAAACGUCGAAUUGCACUUGAGCUAAUGAGCAGUAGCAUUAAAGGACGACUUGUUCACCCCAAUCAGAUGUCUCAGCCUCCGGAACCUGAUCCCGAAGCGUCGAUUACACCAUCAGGUAGUGAUCCUGAUUCUUCUUUAAAUCUGAUGGGUUUUCAAUUUAGUUUUAACGAAUCGGCACAAACCCCUAAUUUAAACCCAAAUUUUGAUAAUGAAACAUUGGAUCAUUAUACAGAUGAGCAACUGGAAGAAUCUGUUUUGAAAAAAAUAGAGCUUUUGUACAUCAAAGCUAUUUCCCAGCUUGUUUCAUCAGGUUAUGAUGAGCUUGAUGUUUUCAAAGCUGUAUUGAGGAAUGGACAUUUUCAUGGGAAAAUGGAUCCAUUGUCUAACAUUCUACAUAACGUCCAGAUACAUCUGAGUACUGACGAUAAUGGGUACAAUGAUAACUUAGUUAACCCCAAGAAGGUGUUUGCUAAUCUGAAGCAGUUGAGAGAAGCUACACUCAUUUCUUUAUUAUGUUGGUUGAGGAAAAGUUAUCCAUUUAUGAGAAGAAGGGAUGCAAUGUGUUGGUUACUCGUGUCUGACCUUAAUUCAGUUCGUGUCAACUCAUCAAAAAUCUCUAAUGAUGAUGGUGAUUGUGUUAAUACACAAAUGGAUGAUCAACAUCCAAUUUGGUCAGAAUCCACUCCAUCAAUGCUUGUCCUUUUAAAAGAUAAUGCAGACUUUUUAGCUACAGAGUACAAAAGCUUGGAUGAGGAUUCUUCAGUUGCAGUUGUAAAAGAUAGUGAGGUAAGUCUUGAAGGUUUUUGUAUGAAGAAUCAAACAUCUACCAAAAGUAUCUUGAAAAGAUUUAAUGAUUUGGAUCCAAAUGAUGAGAUACUUAUGAGUUUAAUGAAAGAAAUCAAGGAUCUUGAUACACAAAUCAAGGAAAAAAAGAAGUGGGCUGAUGCGAAAGUUCUGCAAGCAGCAAAAAGGUUGUGUGAAGAUCGCAAUGAGUUGAAGAAGUUAAGAAUGGAAAAGGAGGAUAACGAAUGGACUAAGAAGCAAAAGUCACCUGUUGAUAUUGACCACCCCACCAUGAAGAAUCUCACUAAUGCAGAGAUGGCUUUGAGGGCAUCAAAUAUAGAAUAUGAUCAUGCACUAAUGUUAUGGAGUUAUCUUGAAAUCGAGAAUUUAGAAAUUAGAGCUGACAUUAUGGCUUCAAAGUUGAGUGCUUCUGAGUCCGUGACUUCAAUUGUUCAAUCUGCUAAAAGGGAGAAGAAGCAUCUCAAGAAGAUUUUGGCAUGGGAGAAACAAAAGGGUAAGUUGGAGGAAGAUAUUACAUCUGAGAAACAAAAUCUCAUGGAGAUGGAGGAAGAAAUGAUUCAAGUUGAAGCAUCUAAAAGAACAGCCGAGGAAAAAUGGAGGGAGGAAAAUGAAUCCAAAAAACACGCUCUUGCACGUGUAGAUCAAGAAAUGAUUCUCAAAGAACAAACCAUAUCAGACAACAAAAGAAUCCAAGAAUCAUUACAUGCAAGAAUUGAUUUGGAUUUGAAAUGCCAAAAAGAUGACAUACAAAGACUCGAACAAGAACUCUCACGAGUCAAAUCUUUAAAUGACCCGAAUCAUUAUUGGACUAGUCUUUUUGGGACCCGCUUUGGAGAUGAUACUGUUGGGCGAAUGCUUCAUGGAUCUAGUGAUGAAGGUGAUGAAAGCGAUGAUGAAGUUGACCAUGAAUGUGUAAUGUGUGGUGAAAAUGAAGUUUCUGUGGUUUUUUUACCAUGUGCUCAUGAAGUAGUUUGUGGUGUUUGCAAUGAGGGUCUUAAGAAGGAUGAAUGUCCAACUUGUGGGGUUGCGAUUGAAGAAAGGAUUCGUGUUUUUGGUGGAAGUUCUUAG